UGUGCUUUUCCUUUCCACCUUGAACAGUGAUGCCAGCUGACUGAGUCCGUCCUCAUUAUCCCUGUCAGAUCCUUAUCUAAUAGAGUCUUUUGUGGUUGUCAAGGAGUCGGGUACUCGAAAGAACCAAACAAUGGAAUACCUGCACCUGUGUGUGUGGGGGUGUGUGUGUGUGUCAGUGAGAUGGAGAACACAGACCUUUCCACAGGUGACUCCUACUGAGGGACUGAUGGAUGAACAGGUGAAAAUACGGGUCUGAGAUCUGUCAAACCAAAACAGGAUGCCUCCCAAGAAGAGAAACAAUGGCAGGAUUGAUGUUGAAGACGUUGGGAUGGAAGUUGACGCUGAGGUCGACAGUGGAAGUGAAGAUGAGGCCAGGAGGAGAGCUCAAAACCGGAGAACCAAACCUCAACGAAGACCCAAAAGAGUCAGUGAUGAUGAUGAAGAGGAGGAGGACGAAGAUGAGGCACCGAGAAAAAGAAACAAAAAGAAGAAGGCCAAAGUCGUUGACAGCGACGACGAAAACAGCGAGGAGGACAAGAAGAGUGUGAAAAGCAAAGGGUCCAAAGCCUCUAGAAAAAAAGCCGCCAAGGAAGAGAGCGACGAAGACAGCGAGGAGGAGCGUGGCAAGAAAAAGAAUGGAAAGAAAGCGCCGACAAAGAAGGAAAAAGAAAUGCAAAACAAGGACAAAAAGAGGAUGUCGAAAGACAAAGGGAAGAAAGGAGGGAAUGGUAAAGGUGGAGACAAGAGGAAGAAAAGCAGCUCCUCUUCGUCCUCCGAGGACGAUGAAGACUCUCUGUCCGAGGGGGAGAUGGCGGCCUUGAAGGAGGAGGUGGAAGAGAAGAAGAAACUCAUCGCGACUUUGAGGAACAAACCUUGGCGCAUGAAGAGGAGGCUUGUGGUGCUCAAAGAGGCCCAAGAGUUUGUGGAGAAGUUUGAAGGCGCUCUCGGGAAAGGACGAGGCAGGAAAUUGUACGCCUUCAAAGUCAUGAUGACCAAAAAACUAAUCAAGUUCAAACGUGACUUUGAGAACUUCAAAACGGCAUGUAUUCCCUGGGAGAGGAAGAUAAAGGAAGUGGAAAGUCACUUUGGAUCGUCCGUGGCCUCCUACUUCAUAUUUCUACGUUGGAUGUACGGGCUCAACCUGGUCUUGUUUGGAUUCAUGUUUGGACUGGUGGUGCUGCCUGAGAUUCUGAUGGGCCUUCCAUACGGAUCACUUCCAAGGAAAACAGUGCCACGCGAGGAGCAGGACAAGGCCAUGGACUUCUCUGUGCUCUUCGACUUUGGUGGCUACUGCAAGUACUCGUUCCUGUUUUACGGAUACUACAACAACGACCGGACCAUUGGAGUGCUGCAGUUCCGACUACCGCUCUCAUACCUUCUGGUGGGCAUCGGAAUAUUCGGAUACAGCCUGAUGGUUGUCAUCAGAACGAUGGCGCGCAACUCGAAUGAGGGUGGUGAUGGAGCAGAGGAGGGAGAGUUCACCUUCAGCUGGAAGAUGUUCACCAGUUGGGAUUACCUGAUCGGAAACCCGGAGACGGCGGACAACAAGUAUGCUUCCAUAACUACCAGUUUCAAGGAAUCUAUAGUGGAUGAACAGGAGAACCAAAAGGACGAGAACAUUCAUCUCCGUCGCUUCCUGCGAGUCCUCGCAAACUUCCUGAUCCUGUGCAGCCUAGGAGGAAGCGGAUACCUCAUCUAUUUUGUGGUGAAACGCUCUCAGGAGUUUGCUGACAUGGACAACGACGAGCUUUCCUGGUUUGAGAAGAAUGAGGUGGAGUUUGUGAUGUCCCUGCUUGGGCUUGUGUGUCCUCCUCUAUUUGAGACCAUCGCGGAGCUGGAGGACUAUCACCCUCGUAUCGCCCUCAAGUGGCAGCUGGCACGAAUCUUUGCUCUCUUUUUAGGGAACUUGUACACCUUCCUUUUUGCCCUGUUUGAUGAGGUCACAGCAAAGCUGGAGAGUGAGAAAGCGAUCAAGAACACCACAGAGUGGAACCUUCAUCAGUACUAUCUCAACUACAGCUCCUUCUUCAACACCACAGACGUGCCGCCACCGAACGUUCACCCGGCUGAUGUCAUCAGAGGGCCCUGCUGGGAGACCGGCGUGGGAAUCGAGUUCGUGAAGCUGAUCGUGUCCGACAUGCAAGUGACCUAUCUGACCAUCCUGAUUGGUGACUUUGCUCGGGCCGUCAUCGUUCGCUUCCUCAAUUACUGCUGGUGCUGGGACCUGGAGGCCGGAUUUCCUUCCUAUGGAGAGUUUGACAUCAGCGGUAACGUGCUGGGACUCAUCUUCAACCAGGGAAUGAUUUGGAUGGGAGCCUUCUACGCCCCAGGUCUGGUGGGUCUGAACGUCCUGCGUCUGCUGGUCUCCAUGUACUACCAGUGCUGGGCGGUGAUGGCCUGCAAUGUUCCUCAUGAGCGAGUCUUCAAAGCGUCGCGCUCCAACAACUUCUACAUGGGUCUACUGCUGCUCGUGCUUUUCCUCAGCCUGCUGCCCGUCGUCUACACCAUCAUGACGCUGUCCCCGUCUUUUGACUGCGGACCCUUCAGCGGACAAGAGAAGAUGUACGAUGUUGUCAUGGAGACAAUAGAGCAGGAUUUACCGGCCUUCAUCGGGAACAUUUUCACCUACGCCACCAACCCUGGGCUCAUCAUGCCAGCCGUGCUCCUCAUGGUGCUGGCUCUGUACUAUCUCAAUGCAGUGUCGAAGGGAUACCAGCAGGCCAACUCUGACCUGAAGAAGAAGAUGCAAAUGGCUCGAGAUGAGGAGAAGAACCGCAGGAACAACAAGGACAGCACAAACCAAGUCAUGAAGGACUUGGAAGACCUGCUUCCGAACAAGUCUCUCAUACCACCACCCACUGAGGAGGAAGAGCCCCCUCCUGAAGUGGUGGUGGAAAAGACCGGCAAGUCUCCAAAGAUGAAGCCUGGGGCAGCGGCCAACGGGAAAGGAGUUAAUCUCCAAAAAGAAGUUUCACUGGCUGCUUCAAAUCCAAGAGGACCAGUGACCCGUGGGCCCGCUGCAAGGGGGGCACCAGCAGGGAACCCCAGGGGGCCUCAGCCAGGCAGAGGAAGAGGACGGGGGGCGCCGCCGAGACGAUAGUCAAACUCCACAAGCAAAGCUGUUCUACAAGUUACUGUACAACAGGUUUGCUUCAACUAACUAAAACGGUGGAAAGAAACACCCAAUAAUAACAUCACUAAUAAGAGCUGGAACACAAAACAGCAUGCAAUGACCUAAAAUUCGGUGAAGGUCGACUUCAA